GUGGCCAGGGCCCACAUGCCCAGGGCUCUCUGAGGGCCGAGCCUCCUUGGGCCGGGAUCCGUGGAGGAAACUUCUUUGCGUCCUUUCUCCUUUGUGGCCCCCACUGGACGAGGCCCAGCACCUGUCGCUCAGCUGAACCCGGGCAGCGGAGGGCAAGCUUCGAGGCGAAGCCAGAAGCUGAGAGGCAGAUUGGGGUCCGGAGGCCGUUCUGUGAUUGCGCGGGGAGGACGCAUCUGGGCCGGAGCCAUGGUGAGGAACAUGGAUGACCUGGACUUCUGCCUCCAGUCCCACCCCCAGGACAUCCUGGAUGGGCUCCGGGCCUUCCGCGCCCACCCCAAGCUGUCGGACAUCACGCUGCGGGUCGCUGGCCAGGCGUUCCCGUGUCACCGCAGCCUCCUGGCCCUCUGCAGCCCUUACUUCCACGCCAUGUUUGCGGGGGACUUUGCGGAGAGCAUCGCCGCCCAGGUGGAGCUCCCCGACGUGGACCCCGGCACCGUGGGGCUGCUGCUGGACUUCGUGUACACGGGCAGGCUCACGGUCAACCAGGACAACGUGGAGGCGCUGACCGAGACCUCCAACCGGCUCCACUUUCCCGCCGUGCAGAGAGUGUGCAGCCGCUACCUGCAGCAGCAGAUAGACGCCAGCAACUGCCUGGGCAUCUGCGACUUUGGCGAGCGCCACGGCUGUCCGGAGGUGUCCUCCAAAGCCUGGGCCUUCCUGCAGGAGAACUUCGAGGCCGUGUCUCAGGAGGAGGAGUUCCUCCAGCUGCCCAAAGACAGGCUGGCCACCUACCUGGCCAACGAGCUGCUCCAGGUGCGGGAGGAACAGAGCCGGGCCGAGGCCCUGCUCAGGUGGGUGAGGUACCAGGAGGAGGCCAGGGCCCGCUACCUGCCCGAGCUGCUCGACCUGGUGCACCUGGUCUCUCUUCCCGACCAAUUCCGGCAGCACUUGCUCUGCACGGAGCCUUUGACGAGGGCUUCGGAGGCCUGCAAGGCGGUGAUCUCCCAGCAUCAGAGCCCGUCUUCAACAAUGCUUCCGCAGAAGCUGGAAGAAGUUCUGGUGAUAGUAGGGGGGCGAGCACUGGAAGAGUCCGAGGAUGAGGAGAAUCAUGAGGAGCCUCCGCCCAUCUCCAGGAACUGCGCCUUCUAUAAUACAAAAUCUAAACGCUGGACGGCCCUUCCCGAUUUCCCCGACUACCAUAAGUGGGGCUUUUCUCUGGUGGCGCUGAACAAUGAUAUUUAUGUCACAGGAGGUUCCCGCGGCAGUAAAAUCGACACGUGGUCCACAACCCAGGUCUGGUGCUUUUCACAGAAAGAGGGCAUCUGGAAAAUCAUUGCGCCGAUGUUGAAAGCCCGCACCAACCACGCCAGCGCCGCGCUCAACGGAGAGAUCUACGCCAUUGGGGGGACCACCAUGGAUGUGGUGGAGGUCGAGAGCUACAACCCCUACAACGACAGCUGGUCAGUCAUCAGUCCGGCCCCCAAGUACGUGAGCAACUUCUCUGCCGUCGGCUGCCACGGGAGGCUCUACCUCGUGGGCUCGUGCGCCUGCAAGUACAACGCGCUGACCCUGCAGUGCUAUAACCCCCUCACAGAAAUCUGGAGCGUGAUCGCCUCACCUUUCAUCCCAAAGUACCUGUCCUCCCCUCGUUGCGCCUCCCUCAACGGGGCCAUCUACCUCAUUGGGGACAACACCAAGAAGGUCUACAUGUACGACCCCGAAGCCAACGUGUGGCAGAAGGUUCAGCUGCUUCACAGUCUGCACGAGAAUGGGGGGAUGGUGUCCCUGGGCGACAAGCUCUAUGUGACGGGAGGCCGCUGGCAGGGCAUGGAAGGAGACUACCGGGUGGAGAUGGAGGUGUAUGAUGGGACUAAAGAUGUCUGGACAUGGGAAGGGGCGCUUCCCUGCCUCUGGCUCUACCACAGCUCUUCUUCCGUCUUCAUGGACAUCUCCAAGUGGACAGAGCCCUUUGUGAGGAGCUAAGGGCCUCCGAGGUCACACCUGUUCUUCUACCAUCCUCCACUAAAGUUGCAGUACCCACAGGCCUUUGCAUGAGCCUCCCCCGGGUACCCCUCUCCACCACGUCCGGACGUCAUCAUGUGUGCAAGUUUCUGCUUCUUCCUGCUUCCCAGACCCAGAAGCCUUCGAGAGGAGGAAGUGAAGAUACCCCCUGGUUUCCAAGGAAAGUUUGAAUGUGACUGCCAUGGCUGCUUUUGUUGCCUUUGCUGUUAUUUCCUUGAUAUUACUGAGACCCCCUUUUGACAUGUUCUAAUUGGGCAACCCAGGGCAAAUCCAGAAGGAGGGGAGGAGG